AACCAAAUCCAGCGGUACAGCUCGUUACAACCAAGCAAAGUUAUGUGAAUAUUUAACCAAAAGUAGUGCGUAAAGUGUGUAAAAUUGUACCCAAAAUUGUUGCUUCACGACCGAAUCAGUGGCACUUUUCGUGGGUUAUGUCUUCAAUUCGUUCAUUUGCUUCUGGAUCUUGAAGGUGCCUACACGUGUUUAGUUCUACUUCCAAUGGUUUCUUUGAGAAAUUGCAAUCAUAACUUUGAAAGUGUUAUAAAGUGAUUCUAGCUUGCUACGCUUGGUUGAAACGAAAAUUCUGCACUCAUGUCGAAGAUCGAGGGUUUCGAAAACUUUGAUGAGGGCGAAGACCAGCCGCAAGUGUUUGAACAAGCACCGGUUGUGCAGCCUGCGGAACUACCGGACAUAAAGCUGUUCGGUCGCUGGAGCAGCGAUGACAUUCACAUUUCCGAUAUUUCCGUUUCGGAUUACAUCGCUGUGAAAGAGAAGCACGCCAAAUAUCUACCACACUCGGCUGGUCGGUAUGCGGCCAAACGUUUCCGUAAGGCCCAAUGCCCAAUUGUGGAGCGCCUAACAAAUUCACUGAUGAUGAAAGGACGCAACAACGGCAAAAAACUGAAAGCCGUUCGCAUUGUUCGCCAUGCGUUCGAAAUCAUGCAUCUGCUAACCGGUGAGAAUCCGUUGCAAAUUGUGGUACAAGCUAUCAUAAAUUCCGGACCACGUGAAGACUCGACUCGUAUCGGUCGCGCUGGUACUGUGCGUCGUCAAGCAGUAGAUGUGUCGCCGCUACGUCGCGUGAACCAGGCUAUCUGGCUUCUGUGCACCGGUGCCCGUGAAGCGGCAUUCCGUAACAUUAAGACUAUUGCUGAAUGUUUGGCUGAUGAGUUGAUCAACGCCGCUAAGGGUUCCUCCAAUUCCUACGCCAUCAAAAAGAAAGAUGAAUUGGAGCGUGUCGCUAAAUCCAAUCGAUAAGCAGUUACAACACUGGGUUAUGACAGCUGGUUUGAGGCGGGUUUAUAUCUCCUUUCCAUCCAAUGGAGAACGCGCACUUCAAAACGCCUGUGUGCGCAUUAGAAUAUUGUUUGAGUUUGACCGCAACUGUUAGCUUUUUCUCGCAUUACAACGUGAAUAAACAAAGCAGAAAUGUGAAAAUUCAAACAA